AUGGAGUCAGUUCACCACGUAACGACCUCAUCAAAGGUGUUGUUCACCAAGGUGCGCAAGAUCGUGCCGCCUAUGCUUGAAAAGUUCCACAAAGGUCAAUUGGGACGUGUAGCUGUCAUUGGAGGAUGUGCUGAUUAUACCGGCGCUCCAUACUUCUCGGCCAUGGCAUCUGCCAAAUUAGGAUGUGACAUGAGUCACGUCCUCUGCGAACGUUCGGCAGCCCCAGUGGUCAAGAGUUAUUCCCCGAACCUGAUGGUCCAUCCGUUGUUACCAAGCUCGGAGACUGUUCAAAACACCAAGUCAAUUGAUGCCCCCGCACUCGCCGGCCCUAUUAUCGGCAUGCUUUCUCGCCUCCAUGCACUGGUCAUUGGACCGGGCCUUGGUCGUGAUGGUGUCACGCUCAAGGUAGUGGCCGAAGUCAUCAAAGAGGCACGGUCUCGAUCUAUCCCCUUUUGUUACAAGGAGUGCAUUCUCACACCGAAUGUCGUGGAAUUCGGGCGUCUCGCCAAGGCCCUGGGAAUCAAGGUAGCCAGUCAGGCAGAGAUCUCCGAAGAAAGAAGCAGCGAUGAAUCUAGCAAGGAAUCAGAAGCCUGUGAAGAGCUGUCCAAAGCCCUCGGCGGCGUGACAAUUGUUCAGAAGGGACCGCACGAUGUGAUCUCCAACGGAGUUACCAGCAUCAUAUCCGACGCCAGGGGAGGACUGAAGCGCAGCGGCGGUCAAGGAGACACCCUGACGGGCUCGCUAGGCACCCUUCUCGCCUGGAGAGCAGCUUACCACGAUAAGUUAUGGGACUCCGGUGAGCAAGACAACGCGAAGGACGCGCAGACCCGGGAUGAAGUCCAAGCCGAGCUGGAGUCUGACAAGCGCAUGUCCUCGACGACGACGCUCCUCCUUGCCGCAUGGGCUGGAAGUAGUAUUACGCGAGAGUGCUCGCGGAAGGCUUUCGAGGCCAAGGGACGGAGUAUGCAAGCUAGUGAUCUCACCGAUGAAGUACACGGGGCUUUCUUGAGGCUGAUUGGAGAGCCGGAAGGAUCGCAGACGCACCUCUAG